GUUAUUUCCUAAUCAACAGUCCCAGGAACAUGCAGCUUUUAGGUUUGCGUUGUCUCAGCUCACAGAACCCCCUAAGCUCCUUCCCCAGAUUGACAUUGUGAACAUUAGUGACAGCUUUGAAAUGACAUACACCUUCUGCUCGCAGUUCUCCAAGGGCGUCUAUGCCAUCUUUGGAUUUUAUGAGAGGAGGACUGUCAACAUGCUCACAUCUUUCUGCGGGGCUCUCCACGUCUGCUUCAUAACACCAAGCUUCCCAGUUGAAACCUCCAACCAGUUUGUUCUUCAGCUUCGCCCAGAGCUCCAGGAUGCCCUCAUCAGUGUCAUCGAGCACUACAGCUGGCAGAAGUUUGUGUACAUUUAUGAUGCUGACCGAGGGUUGUCAGUCCUACAGAAAGUGCUGGACACUGCAGCUGAGAAGAACUGGCAGGUGACAGCUGUCAACAUCCUGACGACAACAGAAGAGGGUUACCGCGUGCUCUUCCAGGAGCUGGAGAAGAAGAAGGAAAGGCUGGUGGUGGUGGACUGUGAAACUGAGCGGCUGAACAUCAUCCUUAACAAGAUCAUCAAGCUUGAAAAAAAUGGGAAUGGGUAUCACUACAUUCUGGCAAAUAUGGGAUUCAUGGACAUUGACCUGACCAAAUUCAGGGAGAGUGGAGCCAAUGUAACUGGAUUCCAGUUGGUGAAUUAUACAGAUACUAUUCCCGCCAGGAUCAUGCAACAGUGGAGGAAUAAUGAUGCCAGAGAGCAUCCACGUGUGGACUGGAAGAGGCCAAAGUACACGUCGGCCCUAACGUACGACGGAGUUCGGGUGAUGGCUGAGGCCUUUCAGAACCUGAGGAGGCAGCGGAUCGACAUCUCCCGUCGCGGCAACGCCGGGGACUGCCUUGCCAACCCAGCUGUGCCCUGGGGACAAGGCAUUGACAUCCAGAGAGCACUGCAGCAGGUCCGUUUUGAAGGAUUAUCUGGCAACGUUCAGUUUAAUGAGAAAGGAAGGAGGACCAACUACACCCUCCAUGUGAUUGAGAUGAAACACGAUGGGAUCAGAAAGAUUGGGUAUUGGAAUGAAGAUGAGAAGUUGGUCCCAACAGCCAUAGACACUCAGAGUGGCAAUGAGUCUACAAGUCUCCAGAACAGGACUUACAUCGUCACGACUAUCCUAGAAGACCCAUACGUGAUGCUCAAGAAGAAUGCCAACCAGUUUGAAGGCAAUGAGAGGUAUGAAGGCUACUGUGUGGAGCUUGCUGCGGAGAUUGCAAAGCAUGUUGGCUACCACUACAGGCUGGAGAUUGUCCGAGAUGGGAAAUACGGAGCCCGGGACCCCGACACCAAGACAUGGAACGGCAUGGUGGGAGAACUGGUUUAUGGGAGGGCGGAUGUGGCUGUGGCACCAUUAACCAUCACUCUGGUUCGAGAAGAAGUUAUAGACUUUUCCAAACCGUUCAUGAGUUUAGGUAUAUCUAUCAUGAUAAAAAAACCUCAAAAGUCCAAACCAGGAGUUUUUUCCUUUCUGGAUCCUUUGGCUUAUGAGAUAUGGAUGUGCAUUGUUUUUGCCUACAUUGGAGUGAGUGUUGUCCUCUUCCUGGUGAGUCGCUUCAGCCCUUAUGAGUGGCACACUGAGGAAUUCGAGGAAGGACGGGACCAGCCAGCCAAUGACCAGACGAAUGAGUUUGGGAUAUUCAACAGUCUCUGGUUCUCCCUAGGAGCUUUCAUGCAGCAAGGAUGUGAUAUUUCCCCAAGGUCUCUCUCCGGCCGUAUAGUUGGUGGUGUCUGGUGGUUCUUCACCUUGAUCAUCAUAUCCUCCUACACAGCUAACCUGGCUGCCUUCCUCACUGUGGAGAGGAUGGUUUCUCCCAUCGAGAGUGCAGAGGACUUGGCCAAGCAGACGGAAAUCGCCUAUGGAACCCUGGAAGCUGGCUCCACUAAGGAAUUUUUUAGGCGAUCCAAAAUAGCAGUGUUUGAGAAGAUGUGGACAUACAUGAAGUCAGCCGAACCCUCCGUUUUUGUGAGGACGACAGAAGAGGGGAUGAUCCGGGUGAGGAAGUCCAAAGGGAAGUAUGCAUACCUCUUGGAGUCCACGAUGAACGAGUACAUCGAGCAGCGGAAGCCUUGUGACACCAUGAAGGUGGGAGGUAACUUGGACUCCAAAGGCUAUGGUAUUGCAACGCCAAAGGGGUCUGCACUGAGAGGUCCCGUAAACCUAGCGGUUUUGAAACUCAGUGAGCAAGGCGUCUUAGACAAGCUGAAAAGCAAAUGGUGGUACGAUAAAGGGGAAUGUGGAAGCAAGGACUCCGGAAGUAAGGACAAGACGAGUGCACUGAGUCUCAGCAAUGUGGCAGGGGUUUUCUAUAUCCUCAUCGGUGGGCUCGGACUGGCCAUGCUGGUUGCCUUAGUCGAGUUUUGUUACAAGUCCAGAAGUGAAUCAAAGCGGAUGAAGGGUUUUUGUUUAAUCCCACAGCAAUCAAUCAACGAAGCCAUACGGACAUCAACCCUUCCCAGGCCGGCUGCAGCAGGAGGCAGUGGAGAAAAUGGACGUGUGGUCAGCCACGAUUUCCCCAAAUCCAUGCAGACGAUCCCAUGCAUGAGCCACAGCACUGGCAUGUCCCUGGGAGCUACAGGAUUAUAAUUGGCCUUUUGACCCAUUGCCUGGGUGAGAGCAGGGGGCAGCCCAACUCCACCCCUCCAGAGCCAAAAAACAUACCCAACACCAACAAGACAAACGAUGAUGACAGAAGGGACAAUUGGAUGGAUCUUCUCAAGGAAAUUAAAUCUGUUUCCCUUUUUAUUUGCAAGCAGAUCCACUGGCAGGAGAACAGAAACAGGUCUGUACUGCAAUAAGGAGAGUGUACUGGGAUUUAACAGACUCGUGAACCGUCCCUGAUCAAAGAACCACUGGAACACUAAUGAGGACUAUGCCAUUUUGUUUUAACUUGGUUGUUAAUAAGUCUUAGUGUGUGCAAUAUAUAUAUUUU